GGGUGUAAAUAGACACGGUGUGCAGUGAAACUGUUUUCUUUCACCCACCGGAGUUUAAGCUGGCGGGUUAUUUGUACAAAUAUAUCGCUGCGAUUUUAAGAUUUGUGGUUUUGUAAUUAGUUCGCUUUAAGUGAAGGAUAUAUUUAACAUGUAGACACAAGCUGUAUUUCACCAGUCUCGCUAAAUGCAACAUCAUCCCACGUUCGGAAUCCUUCAGAGAUGAUCGACAAGUUUUUUUGUUAACAUCUUAUAAAAGUUUCUGAAAUACGAUUUAAUCAAGACUAUCAUCUAAAACUUAAUAGACCUAGAAAUGUAAAUGCGACAAUAAAACAAGGAUUUAUGUCGAGUUUCUUAUUAACUGAAAGUGGAUACAGUAUGUGAAAGGAUAAAAUCAAUGUUAUUCUGUCCACAAAGUUUUUGGAUUUAAUGACUAGUCUUGUGUCAAUAAACAUGUCACUGAAAAGGAUCAGAUUUACCAUUCCAUUAGUACUGCUGUACAUACAUUUCACCGCUAGAUCGGCAAGUGCUCAAGAAAAUCAAAAGCAAAGGCACGAAGGGCACCAUAACUACCGAAACAUUCCGAAUCAGAGAUGGGAUAUUUGGAGCGAAUGGUCGGCUUGUUCCGUAGAUUGCGGCACAGGAAUUAAUACACGGUCACGUGACUGCCGAUCUACUUUAACUGGAACAUUUUCUAACGCCUGUAUAGGUAAAGGUGAAGAAAUAAAGAUAUGCGAAAUAACGGGUUGUAUAAAGCAAGUUGAACACAGUUGUCGCGAAUUAGAGAUGCGGCUGUAUGGCGGGAAAAGAUACCACUGGAUUCCGUACACACACCCAUUGAGGGAGUGUGAAAUGGCUUGUCGACCAGUGGGAGCUGGAUUUUAUCUCGGUUUAGGAAGGAACGUUUCUGAUGGAUCGCCUUGUGGAGAAUCUCAGAACGAGGCUUGUAUCGGUGGGCAAUGUAAAUCGAUAGGUUGUGAUGGUGUGGUGGAGUCAGAAACUGUGGUUGACACGUGUGGCGUGUGUGGUGGAAAUGAUGACACGUGCAAGCGUAUACAUAAAUCAUUUACUGACAGCGUUAAAUUUGGCUACAGUACUAUAGAUACGAUACCACGUGGUGCAGCUAAUAUACUGAUCAAAGAAAAUCGCAACUCACGAAAUUAUCUUGCUUUGAAGGCGACGGACGGGAGCUUCCAGAUUAACAGUGCAUACCGAUUAUCACGCUUCGGUGAUUACCCUGCUCUAGGUACUACUUUCACGUAUGACCGACAUUCUGGUCCCGACUGUCCCGACGAAUGUAUUCGUGCCGACGGACCAAUUGAUGUUUCAAUUGACGUCAUGAUUCUGGCGUAUGGAAGCAACGAGGGUAUAGACUAUUCAUACAGUGUGCCCACUUAUUACAGAGAUUAUGGUAUAAAAGAGGAGGGGAUAGCACCAGUUGUUUAUAUAGAGGGAGGUAGAAUUCCAAGUGAAAAAGAAACAAGUGUCAAUACGAUAAACGCUGAUAAAAAACGACCUAUUUUCUCUUACGAUUUUAAGUUUAAAAAGAACAAAAAAGAACGUGUGCAUGUGGAGCAUGAAGGUGUGACGUCACAAACUAACACGGUAGACAACCAGCAUGAUUUGGAAAACUCACGAUCAGCUCUUGAUACGGGACAAAACCAAUAUGAUGUUGAAUCAACAACAACAACGACGACAGCGGCGACAACAACAGCGACGACAACGACAGCGGCGACUAAAACAACGGGCGACAACUCUAGUAUUAUAAUAUACGAUUCAGUUGAUGAUACCGGAAAUGAAACUGUCACCAUAGUAACUGGAGAUGAUGACGUCAUAAGUAACAGAAACGAUGCUUUACAAGCAACAAAAUCCGGUGUAAUAACAGACGACAGUGAAACAAGUGUCGCCAUUGAAGACAUGUAUAAUAAUGAUAACAGAAUACCAUCUUUGUACUCGUGGACCGUGGCGGGAUACUCCACGUGCAGUAGCACGUGCGGGCAAGGUAAACAGUCUCCAAUCCUUCAAUGUCUCGUGACAGACAAGAAGGUGAAGGUCAACAACACAUUCUGUAGUGGCGAAGAGAAGCCGGCGGCAGUGGUGAAGGAAUGUAACUAUGGUCCUUGCCCACCAAGCUGGAAACCAGGAGCGUGGAGUAAGUGCAGUGUGUCUUGUGGAACCGGGUACAAAACACGGCGGUAUGUGUGCACGCGACCAAACGGUGAACAAGUUUCUGAUUAUGAAUGCGGUUCACCUUCAGUAAGACAAGAGGAGAGAUCAUGUGAUACCGGAUCAUGUACUUCCGGUUGGUAUUACACGGAAUGGCCGGAACAUUGUCCGGCAACAUGUGCCUAUGGAACAAUUUCACGUCACGUGCACUGCUUCAGUGAUACCGGAAAUGAACUGACCGCAUGCCCAGAUCGGGAAAAGCCGCAGAGCGAGAAAACCUGCCGAGAUGACGACUGUGGAGGAUUUUGGCUCACUGGCCCAUGGUCUGAGUGUAAUGGGACCUGUGGUAUGGUAUAUCAAAAUCGCGAGAUUGCGUGCGCAUCGAAAAGACAUGGCGGAAGAGUCACUGUGGUGUCGGAGAGCGCAUGUGUGUAUGAGGAGAAACCGGCAACGUAUAUGUCAUGUGACUUUAAGCCGUGCCAACCGGAAUGGUAUAUGAAUGAAUGGAGUCAGUGUUCCGCGACAUGUGGAUCAGGACAAAAGUCACGUGAUAUUCGUUGCCUAGACGACGCAAUGCAGACGAGUUCUGGAUGCGAUCCUGCCAGUAAGCCAGCAGACCGGGAACCAUGCACACAAAGACGAUGUCCUCUUUCGGACGAAUCCAGACCAACUGAGAAGAUAGAUAAUCACGUGACAAAUGCGCCACCACCGCCCGCUCCCGCUAAAUAUGAUCCAGUUAUACCAGGAUGUGAAGAUAAAUUCAAACAAUGUAGUAUGGUGCUCCGAGCUAACCUGUGUCAAUAUAAAUAUUAUCAGAAAAUAUGUUGCAACACGUGCGAAAAUUUGAAAAGAAAUUCUUGAAAAUAGACUGAAAACAGGUCCUGAAAUAAAAAAGACAGUACAUGAAAGUUAUGAACAAAGUAUUUUCAAUAUACGGAAAUGAAACUACUGUGCCUGUUAUAAAGUGCAAGUCACGUGUCUCAGUCUCAACCAUUGAUUGGAUAAGCCUGUACAGUAGAAAUGUUUUUGUUCAUCUGUAAAUACAAAUAUAUAUAUAUGCGUCUAGCAACUGUCGUCUGCCAUGCACGUGGAAGUAUCAAUACAGAAUUACAUUAUUACGUCACGUGACGUGUUCUGUAUGCUCGGGG